AUGGCCAAGCGCGGUGAAAGGUUUUCGUACGAGUUCACCAGGCAGGAAAGAGACGGAUGUCCGGCGAAGCCAACGGCUCCGACAUUCCGCGAUAGCGCCUUCCCUGCACAAAUGAGAAGGAUUCCAUCAUCUAGCUGGCGUUUGUCGUUCUUCCUGAUUUUCUUCUCUUGUAAAGCUAUCACAUGGAAUUUUGGAAUUUUAUGCGAAGACGGACUCAAGAAGAGCGUGAAGGUCGGUGUCCGAAGAGGCUUUUCAAGUGUUAUAGGUGCAGAGCAAGAAGCGAUCUCCGUGGCCUGCCGUGAGCGUGCUCGUUUUUUCCGUGCAACCGUAAUUUGUCUAAUAUAUACAGUUUUUAACAGCUAG